UAACAGCGAGCUAGCCAGCUUGCAGCCGCGGCGGAUGUUAAACCUGCCACAGCCUUUCGACCUGACGGAUAACUGACGUCGUUUCGAUGCUUCUCCUGGGCGCAGGUCUCUGCGGGCGUUGACACCUUUGCGUCCGGCGCCGCCAUGGCAGCCUUGCUCUUGCCACGGCGUGCUGGCUCGUACGGGAAAGCCGGCGGCGCGACCUUCCUGUGGACGAUGUCAACGCGAAACUUUCAAAGUAGGGCGAAUAAAUGGUGCGCCGCCGAUUUAAGGCUAAAAUGCUGUGAUCGUGAGAAGACGCUGCAGUCGGGAUCGCCGCGGUCUGCUGCAAGCGAGCCUGCCGGUGGGGUCAACCGUGGAGUCAUCCAGAAUCUUCUCUACAGGCCCUUGAGUCCUGGGAUGGUGGAAAUAAGCAAUGCACUAAUAAAGAACAACCUGCUCAAAAACCCUGUUGGUUUGGUAAAUCUAUUAGGGGCCAAACACUUUUUUAGCACUUCUCAGUCAAGGCAAGAAAAAAACAAAAGCAACGACUCAAAAGGAAAAACUCCAGAGGAAGAUGAAGAGGAGAAGAAGCGACGUGAGCAGGAGGACCAGAUGUACCGCGAGCGUCUCCGCACCCUCUUCAUCAUAGCCCUCAUCAUGAGUCUACUGAACUCCAUCAACACCAGCGGUGGAAACAUCUCUUGGAACGACUUCAUCAAUGAGAUGCUGGCCAAGGGAGAGGUGUCCCGUGUGCAAGUGGUUCCUGAGAGUGACAUCGUAGAGAUCUACCUCCACCCGGGGGCAGUCAUCUUUGGAAGGCCUAGGCUGGCCCUUAUGUACAGGAUGCAGGUUGCCAACAUUGACAAGUUUGAGGAGAAGCUGAGGGCUGCUGAGGAGGAGCUCAACAUUGAUACGAAGGACAGGAUACCGGUCUCCUACAAGCGCACUGGAUUCUUUGGCAAUGCUGUCUAUGCUCUGGGAAUGGCUGCUAUUGGUGUAGCUAUUCUCUGGUAUAUCUUCCGUCUAGCAGGCAUGGGUGGCAGGGAAGGCGGUUUCAGUGCAUUUAAUCAGCUGAAGAUGGCCAAAUUCACCAUCGUGGAUGGCAAGUCAGGGAAAGGCGUGAGCUUCAAAGAUGUAGCAGGCAUGCAUGAGGCAAAGAUGGAAGUGAAGGAGUUUGUUGACUACCUUAAGAAUCCAGAGCGGUACCUACAACUGGGAGCCAAAGUCCCCAAGGGUUCGUUGUUGCUGGGGCCUCCAGGCUGUGGCAAGACCUUGCUGGCCAAAGCUGUGGCCACUGAGGCCCAGGUGCCUUUCCUGGCCAUGGCUGGUUCUGAGUUUGUGGAGGUCAUCGGGGGUCUGGGUGCUGCUCGAGUGAGGAGUCUAUUCAAAGAGGCCCGUGCCAGAGCCCCAUGCAUUGUCUACAUAGAUGAGAUCGAUGCUGUGGGGAAGAAGCGCUCCACCAACAUGUCAGGUUUCUCCAACAGUGAAGAAGAGCAGACUCUCAAUCAGCUGCUGGUAGAGAUGGACGGAAUGGGAACGACGGACCAUGUGAUCGUCCUGGCCUCCACUAAUAGAGCAGACAUCCUGGACAAUGCUCUGAUGAGACCGGGCAGACUGGACCGGCACAUCUUCAUAGAUCUUCCUACUUUGCAGGAGAGGAAGGAGAUCUUUGAGCAGCAUCUGAAGAUCCUGAAGCUCACCCAACCAGCAAACUUCUACUCCCUACGUCUCGCUGAACUCACUCCGGGCUUCAGUGGCGCAGACAUAGCCAACAUUUGCAACGAGGCUGCCCUACACGCUGCCAGAGAAGGCUUUAAGUCCAUAGACACUUCCAACUUUGAGUAUGCCGUGGAGAGAGUGAUAGCAGGGAGUGUGAAGAAGAGUAAGAUUCUGUCCAAAGAAGAGCAGAAGGUGGUUGCUUUCCAUGAGUCAGGCCAUGCCUUAGUGGGGUGGCUCCUGGAGCACACGGAGGCCGUCAUGAAGGUCUCCAUCGCCCCACGGACCAACGCUGCCCUGGGAUUUGCCCAGAUCCUGCCUCGCGACCAGUACCUGCUCACCAAGGAGCAGCUGUUUGAGCGGAUGUGCAUGGCCCUGGGAGGAAGAGUUGCCGAAGCCAUCACCUUCAACAAGGUGACAACAGGUGCCCAGGACGACCUGCGUAAGGUGACACGCGUGGCCUACUCCAUGGUGAAGCAGUACGGCAUGUGUAACAGCGUGGGCCAGGUCUCCUUCCCGGACACGGAGGAGCAAGGCGCCAUCGGACGCCGGCCUUUCAGCCAGGGCCUCCAGCAGCAGAUGGACCACGAAGCCAAGAUGCUGAUAGCUCGUGCUUACAGGCAGACGGAGAAACUUCUGCUGGAAAACCGAGAUAAGCUGAUCAUGUUGGCCCAUGCACUGCUGGAGCGCGAGGUGGUGAACUACGACGACAUCGAGGCUCUGCUGGGUCCUCCACCUCACGGGCCUAAGAAGAUGAUCGCCCCGCAGAGCUGGUUGGAGGCGGAGAGGGACAAACAGGACACAGGGGACGACGAACCACCUCCACCUCCACGCAAAGAAAGAGAAGAUGACAUGACUCCACAGCUGGUUUGAUUUUUUCCCCCCCUUCCUUUCAGCGGCGUGCACUUUUCUCACUCCUGUGCAUCAAGGAAGUCAUCAGAGUUGCCAGAUGUAUAAAGCUUGGCUUAGACGCCACACUGAAAUAUUCUCAAAGCCCGUAGGGGAAACCGUGUAGCUGCUUGUUUUGUCUGAGAUUCAUAAAACCACAGCGAUUUGCCAUUGUUGUGGACAACCUCAACAUGUGUUCCCCGGUGAGCUUAUUUGUACAAGCUGUGGCGAACACACAGCACAGCGACGCAGGCCCAGACAAGCCAACGCCGCUUUUGAAACGGUAUGAUGGGUCAUUGCGUGUGGAGGUCUGUUAAUUCUGUUUUGGGCUUGCAAAAUUCUUCUACAUAUUGAAACUGUUAAGCAAAAUGGUGCCGUGACACCGAUGACGCUUGCAGUCCGUGCGUGCAGAACAUUGUGGUUAACGAUAAUGAAGGCUCAGCGUUUUCGGUUUUGACCGAUUUUCACCGAAAAAUACCCAGAUUUCUAAACUGACUUUCACCCGGAUUUUAUGUUUCCAUGGAGCCAAUUGUUGUUCCUGUUCGUGUGAGGUUAUGCAACAGUGUCCUCUUGUGGCGAAAUGGGCACGCUGGAUGGUUUAGAAAAAUAAAAACCGAAAACGCUGAGCCUUGAUGAUAAGGUACGUCCCCUUUGAAAUGUCACCGGAACUUGUGACAUUUAUCUAAAUGAGCGACAGAGUCUCCUCUAGCUGCUUCUGCUUCAGUUCUGUGAUUUUUUUUUUAUAUACAUAUUCUAUUGAUCCCCGCAUUAACCCAUCCUUAUGGAGCAGUGGGCAGCCGCCGUGCAGCGCCCGUCCAUUUGGACACAUCGUUGUAGAGUUCAGGGGUAAAUUUAGGUGAAAAUCGCCAGUCUGAUUUUUAUAAAGUCAUCUGAAACUACAUCAACACCAAAUUACAUGUGCACCUACCCUGUGGACUCGGAUCUGCACACUUUGGAGGCCUUGACUCUAAAGUGUGAUAUCUGAGAUCCAGAUGAGCUGCAGGAAGCUGAGAGGCGUGAGCCAAAAACCUCCAACGUAAAAUUAGUAGUUCGUUUGGAGAAGUUGAUGUCGGCGGGGACACGGUGUUGUGAGGGGAAGGUUUGAAACAUCUGACUUUUAAUGCCCCGCCAGUCUGCCUGCUGGAGCAGGAUGGAUAUUGUAAUGCUUGGUAGGGCAGUUGCCCAAAAUGGAAUGAAAUGAGGAAAAUUAAAAGAUUAGCGUGUGUUAAAUAAUUGGUAGAUCCAAAUCUUUUUGUCCCAGCCAGAGGAGGCGCGCCUCACUGUAUAUUCAUGAACCCGCCACACGUUCUUGAUGGAGGUAGGUUCAGCUUUACUCCUGGGGUUAUUAGUGGGUUUCCUGACUUCCAGUAGGACGUUGCUGAAUAGGGUUUGACCCAGCCAGAGGUUGACGGCAGUGUUGGUGGAGCGUCCUGGAAGUUGUCCCGCGUCCUGAAGACAACGAGGCACGCACACCGGCACAGGGCGAGACGGCACAUAAAUCGUGCAGAGAAGUGUGAAGUAUUGUUUUCUUUCGAGAAAAACCUGUAUAUUUCUUAAAAGUUUAUUAAGGGGGUUUUGUAUGGCUUUGAUUCACACAGUUGUAUGUGAGGCCCCAGAAGCUGUCAGU